AUGGAUUAAAUAAUUGAAUUAAUAUAAUGGUCAGCCUAACCUGACAAUUAGAUUUAAAAAUAAGUUUACAAAAGGGCUUAAGAAUUAAGUUAAGAUACAUAAUUUUUAAUUCAUUUAUGCUCUGUGAUAAUUGGAAAUUAUGAUGUAGAAAUUAGAUAUAGGGCUGCUGUAAUUUUGAAGAGUGCAAUUAAAAAUUGUUCAACUUUACCUGAAUAGUUAUAAUAAAUGCUUGUUGAAGUUGAUUUGAGUAUUUAAAUUAUGCGGCAGGCAUUUAUUAUUAUUGUCCCAGAAGUUGUUGUCAGAAAUGGUAUUAAAAGUAAACAAAUUAAAAUUAAUUGUAGAUAGCAAUUUAAUGAUGGAAUAUCUAAUUAAAUUAAUAGAUAUUGAUCCUAUUAUUGCAACUGAUUGUCUAUCCAAAAUUAUUGAAGACUUAAAAUUCAAUUCAGAAAAUAUUAACUAUUAUGGAACAGAUUCAGGUUUGUAAUUAAUUGAUUAACUUAUCUUAAAAUUUAUUUCUUUAGUUGAGCAUUCUAAUACCUAAGUUGUUGUAAAUUCCUUAAAUUUUUUAAACUAUAACAUUUUCUUUAUGCCACCUACAUUAAAUCAAUAUAUUGAUUGUUAUAUUAAAAUUUUGAUUACAGGUACUUAAUCCUAAGAAUAAUAAAUAAGAUUGAAGUGUUUUUAAGGAAUUCAAGCUUUAAUAGAAACAAAAAGAGAUAAAAUAAAGUAGAUGAAUACAAUAAUAAUGGCUUGCGUUUAAUCUUUAUAGGAUCCAGACUAAGAGGUUGUUCGAUUUGUUGAAUUAUGUUUGACAGAUUUUUUAAGGAUUGAUGAUGCAGAGGAUUAUGAAUAAACGCAUCUUCUUGAACCUUAUUUACAAUAGAUAUUAUAACCUAUUAUUCUUAAUCUUGUUUUAACAAAAGCUGAUUAAAUAGCAAUAUAACCAACUUUUUCAAAUGUUUAUAAUAAAACUGAUAAAAAUGAUGAUGAAGAAUAGGAAGAUGAAAAACCUUAAGGAGAAUACUCAUUAAGAUCAGUGUCAAAUCUAUUGCUUACAAAAUUAAUAGAAUUUUAUGAUAAAAUCAUUGUACCCAUAUCAUUACAAAUUAUUGAUUAAUUAUAAUUAUCAUAAGAUUGGAAAUAAUAAGAAAUUGCUAUAAUUUGUUUAGGAUUAUUUGCAGAAAAAAUUAUAGAAAAUCAUAGUAAUCUAGUACCAAACAUAUUAAUGUCCUUGUUUAAUGAAAAGAAUUAACAAAAUGAAUAUAUAUAUGCCUCAACAUUAUGGACUUUUUCUUAGUAUAACGAAUGGAUUAAAGCGAUUGCUAUAAAUGAAACUUAGUUUAUCUAAUCCUAUUUGAAAUUAUUAUUGAUUUCAAUAGAAAAUUAAUCAUUGUAUAACAUUUAUUAUAUAAUUUAGAAUAGUUAAAGAAUCUGCAUGUUCAGCAUUAAAUUCAUUAUCAAAAAAUGCAUUUUUCAUAUUAUAACCAUACAUAUUAGAUUUAUUCUAAGUUUAUUUAAAAGCUUUGUCUUAGAAAGGAGGAGUAUUACUAUACAUAUAUUAAUCAAUGACAACAAUUUUAGCAGAAUGUGAAACUAUAGAGAAUUAAGAAUUAAUAGAUUUAAUAAUGACUAAAUUGAUAAAUAAUUUAGUUGAUUUGAAUGAUUAUAAUAUAUGUCCACUUUAUGGUAUAUAUAACAUCAUCAAUUUAUAGAAUGUUUGGCAGAAGCAGUAGAGAAAUUCGGAUAAAGAGCAAUAAAAUAUAUUCAAAUUAUUUAUUAGGCGAUUGUAUAAUCUAUGAAUGGUUAUGUUUAAUCUAUUUAAAAUGGAAAGACACGUUAUUUAUAUUAAUAAAAGGAGAUUUUAAAAAGAUCUUUUGAUUUGUGUAUAAAAAUUAUCAACAUCACAUAAGAAAGAUUUUUAGAAUUAAGUGAUUAAUCAUUUUUAUAGAUCGUUGAUCUUGCUUUAUAAGAUUCUGAAACUGAUGUUAAACAAUAUGCUUUAUCUCUAAUAGGAGAUUUGAUAAAAAACUGUUAUACAAUUUUCAAGAAUGUAAAUAUUGCAAUUGUACUGUAAAGAUAUCAUUAAAUUUAGAAAUGAAUACAUUUAUGCUUAAUCAAUAAGUAUUGAUCCUUCUAAAUUAUUUUUGGCAACAUCAAAUAAUGCUGCUUGGGCUUUGGGAGAAUUGGCUAUAAAAGAUCCGGCAAAAAUUACAAUAAUAUUUAAUGCUGUAAUGGAGAAGCUGAUAAAAAUAAUAAAUGAGCCAAAAUUUCCAAAAUCAAUAGCAUAAAAUUUAUGUAUUGCAAUAUGCAGGGUAGCUGGAUCACAUAUAUAAUAAAUAGAAGAAUUGGUACCUAAUUUUUUCAAAAGAGUUUGUUUAAUCCUUAGUUAAAUAAAGAAUAAAUCAUUUGAGGAAUACAAAGAGGAAUCUUUUAAGUAUAAGAAUAUAUUGAAUUUUUAGGAUCCUAAUAAAUAUAGUGAAAAUGUAUCCAGGGAAAGUAAUAAACGAUAUUAAAUAUUUUGUUUAUUGCAUAGUUGUUUCAACAGAGUUUCCAUCUAUAAAACCACUUUUUAUUAACAUAUUAUAAGAAUUGAAAUAGUCUUUUGGCUAAUAGAAAUUUGAUAGUAUGUUUAGCAGUGAGGAUUUACCUUAAGGAUUUAGGAUGAAAAUGAUAAAUAUUUAUGGUGUGUGA